AUGGACAUAGACAGCGUUGAUAGAACCUCCCCCAUUCCCUGGGAGCUGGGCGUAUUCGACGCCCACUGCCAUCCCACGGAUACAAUGUCUUCAAUCGACGAUAUUCCUUCAAUGAAAGCCAGGACACUCGCCAUAAUGGCAACCAGAGCACAAGAUCAGCAUCUGAUUGCCGAAGUCGCCUCUAGAUUCGCUAACCUAGACACCUCAUUAGAAGAAACAUGCCCCGAAAGAAAAGUCAUUCCCUGCUUCGGCUGGCACCCGUGGUUCUCCCACCAAAUCUUCGACGACUCGAAUAAGACGGAUGUAGAUAAACAUGAACACUACAAAUCCGUUUUAACCCCAUCAAUCCAAGAUAACCACCUGCUUGACGACCUUCCCACCCCUCGUGCACUCUCAACUUUCAUCCAAGAGACCAAACAGCACCUGCUCACAUAUCCCUACGCACUGGUUGGCGAAAUUGGCCUCGACCGCUCAUUCCGCCUUCCAAACGCCUGGUUCCCACACGAUGUUGAGAAUCGAGACUCCUCACGCACCCCCGGCUCGCGAGAGGGAAGAACCUUGUCACCGUAUCGCGUGCAGCUAGCCCACCAAAAAGCCAUCCUGAAAGCCCAGCUACAACUAGCCGGCGAGCUACAACGGCCAGUCUCCAUCCAUAGCGUCCAGGCACAUGGUGCAGUCGUGGAAGUCAUCCGCGAACUCUUCAGGGGUUACGAGAAGCCAGCUCUGUCUAAACGACAGCGGAAAAGGCGAGGUAGCGCGGCUGGGGCUCAUGGCGAAGAGAGUGAAGAAGAGCUUGACAAGAGCCGGGGUCGGGAACCCCAAACGGCUCGCCCGUUCCCCCCGAGGAUAUGUAUGCAUUCGUAUUCUGGUCCAGUGGAGCCAUUGAAGCAGUUCCUGCAUCCGUCAAAUCCUGCGGAUUUUUACUUUUCAUUUUCGAGUGCUAUUAAUUUCUCGAAUGGGCCGGUGUCCAAGGCCGUGGAGGUGAUCAAGGAAAUUCCUGAUGAUAGGAUUUUGGUGGAAAGUGAUUUGCACUGUGCGGGAAAGGAAAUGGAUGAUAUGUUAGAGGUGAUUGUGAGAAAGGUAUGCGAGAUUCGCAACUGGGAGCUAGAGGAGGGAGUGAAGAGAUUAGGUGAUAAUUGGAAAAGGUUUGUCCAUGGUUUAGGAGAGUAA